AUGAUCAAGAAGCGCAGAACGGGGCGGCUACGGCGGCUGACGGGCGCGCUGCGCGAGCUGCUGGACGAGCGGCCCGCGCCGCCGGCGGCGGACACGCGGCCGGCGGGCGUCGUGUACGUGAUGUCGCGUGAGAACGAGCCGAUCCCGCGGCUGUCGGACGCGGAGGUGAUGGAGCGCCACCGGCGCGCAGACGAGAACAUGAAGCAGGCGUGGACGCGGAUCAUCGAGAAGUACGAGGCGCUGGACGACCAGGGCGACGUGGUGGACCUGCGCACGGGCGAGAUCGUCGAGGACAACGGGCACAUCCGCGGGCUGGCGGACGGCGUGCGCGCGGAGGUGCGCUACGAGAGCGCGCUGCGCGACCUGGUGGACGUCGACGAGGCGCGCGGCGGCGUGUGGAGCGCGGAGGACACGGACGGCGCGGACAGCGGCGCGGAGAGCGAGGGCGCGGCGGAGAGCGAGGGCGCGGCCAGCGGCGCGGAGCACGACGACUCCGCCACCCCGGAGCCGCCGGCGCCCGGGCCCGCGGCGCGCGCGCCCGCGCCUGUGGACUAG